AGAGCGCUGCGCAAUUAGCCUCAGUGCCUCACACGAGCAAGUCCCUCCGGGUAGUAGCACCGUACCACACGCGCGCACUCCUGAAGGACAAGAGCAGAAAGAAUGUUGAGCCCCGGCAUCUCGGUCAGGAAGCCCCACGGCGGCGCCGGGUUCGCGCUCGGGUGUGGCUGCAAGGACGCCAAGAGCGUGUCGGUGGUCUCUGCGUCGCCCUCGCCGUCCGGCGCGGGUACAUCGACCACAACCGAGACUCGGCGCAGGGGCGGGAGGGCCAACCCGUCGGCGUCGACGACGACGGACACUCUGACCUCUGCCUCCUCCUCGUCCUUGCUAUGGGAGGACGCCGUGGCGGAGUUCGACUGCGGCGACGACGGCCACUUCAAGAGGGAGAGCUCCGCAGCCACGCAGAGCUUCUCCGGCCUGCUGCGCGAGCUCAACGAGCUUGAGCAGAGCGUCGUGUCGUGGGGCCGGAAGAGCCACCGCAGCCGCGACAAGAAAGCCUCGACGCCGCCACUGGAGCACAAGCAGGCGACCAUGAAAAGCGGCGACCUGAAGACGGGCGGCGCUAAAGAUCGCCGCGCCGGUGACAGCGUCGAACCGGGGACGACUGUUGAGGCCUGCGUGGAAGUGGGGCUCGACGGCAGCGUGGCGGUGGUGAAGCAGUCCGAGGACCCGCUGAGCGACUUCCGGCAGUCGAUGGUGCAGAUGAUCGUGGAGAACGGGAUCAUCGCCGGGGAGGAGCUGCGGCAGAUGCUCCGCCGCUUCCUCACCCUCAACGCGCCGCACCACCACGACGUCAUCCUCCGCGCCUUCGCGGAGAUCUGGGACGCCGUGUUCGCGGCCUCCUACGUGCCCGCCCCCGCCACCGCCCCGCCCCACAAGCACACCCGCCGCGAGGAGCCCGCCGCCGGAAGGCCGCCCAUGCCUCCGAGGACCCCUCCGCGCCACCACCACUCGCCAUCACCGUCAGCAUGGCGCGUGUAAACGCUCCGAAGUGUGCUUCCUCGAUUCAACAUACUAUGUCAUUUUAUUUAAUUUCCGGUUAAUUAGCAUUGGAAAUUUGGAACUGCCACUAGCUUAUUAUUGUACGUACUGCGUGAGUGAGCCCGUAUAACAGAGUUCUUUGUGUUA